UUACAAACCCUUUUUCAUUUUCAGUCUCAGGGCUGUGUUGUGUUUGUGUUGUGGAGAUCAAGAGAGGACGAGAGACUAUCACUCAGAGAGAGAGAGAGAGAGAGAGAGAGGUUUAGAAAGAAGUGGACUCUGCACCACUGUGUGUGUGUGUAACAUUUUACCACGGAGGACGAUUUACUGGACAUACCGUAUAAACUGUGUGUGUGAGUACGUGUGUGUGUGUGUGUGUGUGUGUGUGUGUGUGUGUGGAGGAUGAUGGAGGCAUCAGAAGUUCAUGAGGAAGCAAAGGAGAAGAAGAAGAUCCACUUCGCAGUUCCUGCUACAGCCCCGACUCAGCUUGAUCCCCGCCAGGUGGAGAUGAUACGCAGACGGAGGCCGACGCCCGCCACGCUGUUUCGAGUAGCUGACCAGCCGUGUCCAGAGGACGACUACACCACGGGUCAGUGGGUGGUGGGUGAGAACGGAGUCCUCAGACCAAAACGCAUCAAUCCCAACGUCUACCAGCCUCCUUCACUGAAAGCUGUUCAGCAGAUGGCUGAGGCUCACAUGCAGAAGUUGGGUGUGUAUCCUCACAUGGAGGAGGACGGAGAGGAUCAAGAGCGGGUAUUAAGGUGUACUACUGAUUCACAAACGGAGACGAGCUCGAGGGACGACCCGAGUAGACCACUGACCAGAGACACGACUGACCAGGAGGAGGAGCAGGAGGAGGAGCAGGAGGAGGAGCAGGAGGAGGAGCAGGAGAAAGAGGAAGUGAAGGAAAAAGAAGAAGUGGAAACAGUAGAUGAGAAAUGUGGAGCGACAGACGGAUGAAACAAGGCAACAGAGAUGAUGAUGGAGCUUUACACAAGAAUAGUUCCAGCGUGUGUGUGUGUGUGUGUGUGUGAGUGAGUGAGUGAGUGUGAGUGUGCGUGGGUGUGAGUGUGUGUGUGCGUGUCAGUGCGUGUGCAAGGGUGUGUGAGUGAGUGUGUCUGAGUGAGUGAGUGAGUGUGUGUGUGAGUGAGUGAGUGUGAGUGUGCGUGUGUGUGUGUCAGUGCGUGUGCAAGGGUGUGUGAGUGAGUGUGAGUGUGCGUGUGUGUGUGUCAGUGCGUGUGCAAGGGUGUGUGAGUGAGUGUGUCUGAGUGAGUGAGUGAGUGUGUGUGUGUGAGUGAGUGUGUGUGUGUGAGUGAGUGAGUGUGUGUGUGAGUGUGUGUGUGAGUGCGUGUGUGAGUGUGUGAGUGAGAGUGUGUGUGUGUGUGAGUGAGUGAGUGAGUGGGUGUGUGAGUGAGCGUGUGAGUGAGAGUGUGUGUGAGUGUGUGUGUGAGAGUGUGUGUGAGUGUGAGUGAGUGUGUGUGUGAGUGUGUGUGUGAGUGUGUGUGUGAGAGUGUGUGUGAGUGUGAGUGAGUGUGUGUGUGAGUGUGUGUGAGUGUGAGAGUGUGUGUGAGUGUGAGUGUGUGUGUGUGUGUGAGUGAGUGGGUGUGUGAGUGUGAGAGAGUGUGAGUGUGUGUGUGUGUGUGAGUGUGUGUGUGUGUGUGUGUGAGUGUGUGUGUGAGUGUGUGUGUGUGAGUGUGUGUGUGUGUGUGUGUGUGUGUGUGUGUGUGUGUUUAUUGGUAUAUACAGUAUAUACACACACUGAAGACUAGGUGAUAGAUUUAAAUCCUAUAAAUAAUGAAUAUAUUUGUUGAUGUUUUAUUUUAGUGAUUUAAUUAUUUUGGAAAAUAAAUGUUAUUAAAUAAUCAGAUAAUAAAGUAUGAUUGUGUGUGUACACUAACUCUAACAA